UGAAAUAAGUAAUAUGUAUACAACAUUAAAAAUAAAUGAACAUAAUAACCAUGGUAUAGAAUGGAUCAAGAUUGUUUACUAUAUGGAUUCUAUAUAAAUUUUCUCUUUUAAUUUUGUUGUUGCUGCGGAAAAAGAAAAAAAAACAAUUUAGUAACUAUGUGGAAACAAACAUUGAAAUUUUAAUUCAAACAAUCAAUCAAUCGAUCGAUCAAUAAUUAUCAAUAAUGUAUUUCUAUGAAUUUUAUCUAUGUCUAAUUAUUACAUCAUUGAUAUAUUAUGUAAAUGGACAAAAUAAAUUAUAUUCAUCAUUACGUUCAAGACGUUUAUUACCAGCUGAUUCUUAUACAAUCUUAGGACAAGCUGGUUUAAGACGUUUAGGACAAUGUAAUAUUACUUAUGCAUGGUUAACAUCACCGCCAACAUCAAGUUUAGAUGCAUAUGGUCAUGCGACAGCAUGUAAAAGAUUACAAUUAUUAAAUGGUGAAAUAAUACCUAUAUCAUCAUCAUCAUCAUCCUUAUCAUCAUCUAAUGAUUAUUUAAAUAAUGAUGAAGAUUUAAAUCAAGCUGAAAAAGACUUAAACCAUAUUAAUCAUGAAUGGUCAGCAUCAUUAAUUGAUUUAGAACGUUUAGAUUUAUUAAUACGUGCUGAAGUGAUCGGUAUUGGUCAAUCAAACCAAUUAGCUAAUGAUCCAAGAUAUUUUUUUCUUGCUGAUCGUGUUGGUGAUUUAAAUUUAAUGGUUGUACUACGUCCAGAUAAACAAUUAAAAUUAGAAUUAAUUAAUCCAUUAGCAUCGGAACAUUUAGUGUUAACACCGCAACAUGUUCUUUGUUUACGUAAACAAUGUCCAUCUAAUAUAAAUGAUGCCAAUAUAAAUAUAUCAAAACAAGAUAAUAGUAGUCUUAUCAUUGGAACGAAUAAUGUAGCAUUAAGUAAAGCUGAACGACAAAAUCGGGAAUUAUAUAUGCAAUUAGUUAUAUCACGUGUUGCAUGUGCUUUAAUUAGUUUUAUGUGUGUAGUCUUUGCAAUGACAUCAUUAACCUUAUGUAUACGUCUUAGACAAAAUCCACAUUAUUUUAAAAAACGUAUGAUACGUUCAUCUCAAGCUAGUAUAUGUAAAGAAUCACAUCCAUCACCGACACCAUUUUGUCAAAUGAAUGGUAAAGUUAAUAUGAGUCAAGUAUCACCAUUAUUUAUAACAGAUCAAUCACCAAGACAUUAUGGUAUAACACAUAUACCAAGUGAAACUGCUAGUAUGAAUAAUAUUGUAAUGACAGCAAGUAAUAUAAGUACAUGUGAUCCACAAAAUGGUUUACAAAAUAUUCCUAUUUCUUAUUCAGCAUUAAAUACACAAUAUGCACAAAUAUCAGGUUAUCCAAUAACUGGUGCACCUAUUGCAUCAUAUAAUGAUAAUUCUGGUUUAAUUACAAUUUAUCCAAUACCAUCACAUGGUUCAAUUAGUUCAACUCAACGUGGUUUAUUAUUACAAUGUCAAAAUGGUUCAGUAAGUCCAGCACCUUCAAAUAAUUCUGAUGGAAAAAAUGGUAUUACACGUACUGGUUCAUUAGGUAGAUAUUCACGGAAUAGUGUUUGUUAUGGUGAUAGUACACGGAAGAAAUUAUUGUAUCAAAUUAAAAAAUCACAUCAAAAUUCAACACAAACAAUUAAACAACAACAACAACAAAAUGAUCUGAAUACAUCAUUAUCUAACAACCGUCCAAUUCCGAUAGUUCAACAACAACAACAACAACAGCAACUUCAUCAAUCCAUGAAACAUGAUGAUCAUUUAUCAAGUAAACCGGAUGAUUUAAUCUCUUUUCAAUAUACACCUAAUUUUACUACAAUAGUACAUCGUUAUCCAACAGAAUUACAAUAUAAUGAAAUGAAAACUAUUCCUAAUAUGGAUAUAGAAGAAACAAAUUCAGAUUUAUUAAAAUCGAAUAAUUUUAAUCAUAUUAAUGAACCAUCUAUUAGUGUUAUACGUAAACCAGCUCAUGUAUGAAUGAAUUGAGGUUAAAUAUUGAAGUGCCUUUAUUACUUAAAAAAUAAAUCUGUUUCAGAUUAUAUAAACCAAAACUUGAAUUAGAUUCAUUAUUCAAUAUGAUAUAAAUGAAUAUGUUCACUUCAUUAAAACAAACAAACAAAUAAACAAAAAACAAGAUUUUACAUCAUUGAACAUUGAAUAUUCUGAGUAAAUGAACAAAAUGGAUAUCUAUCUAUCUAUCUACAUAUAUAAAACAGUUUAGUAAGUUGACCAAAUUAAUUAUGUAUAUCCCUAUGUAUGUACGUAGGUAUGCAGGUAUGUAUGUAUGUAAUGAAUUAUUUACUAUUAUGAUUAAAACAAAUACAAAUGUGUUAAUUGAACAUUGUACAUUAUAAUAGACCGGUUUGUUUUUCGCUCUUUCUCCUUUUUUUCACUUCAUUAAUUAGUGAACUUUUUUUUUUAAAAAAAAAGGCAUUUGUUCUAGUUUCUGUUGGUGUUUUUUUUCCCCGUUUUUGUUACUGUUUUCUUUAUAUUUUAAAUGGUUUGGAACAAAUACUGGUUCACUCUAUUGUGGUUGAUCACCCAUUUUUCUUUCUCUUUUCUUGAAAACUUUAUCCAUGAGCAAGUGAACACUUUUUAAGUGAUAUUUCGAAAUAACUAAAUGAACUAAAGAGGGUUCGCUUUUCUUAUCCUCUUUAUUAUUUAUAUUAAACUCUCACAGAUAAAAAAAACAACAGUUUACUGUCAUCCAUCAUGAUUGUUUUGUUUUGUUUUGCUUGUUUGUUCGUUUGUUUGUUUUAAAGAAGAGAAAGGAAAUCGGUUUCAUCAUUGUAAACAACUAUCAUCUAUUAUGAUGUAAUGUGAAGAUUGAAAAAAAAACCCAAUGUAUCUUACUG